AUGGAUCAACACAAGAAACAGGAUCUGCAAAAUCCUUUUUCGAGGAUAGACAAAUCGAAAUGGUUAGUCAACAUUAGUAAUAAGCAGAUACCGAACUCUGUGUCAGAUUUUCUGUGUUUGGGAGAUAAAUUUGCGUUACCGAUUAACCAAUUCGAUAAAAAAGACCGCGAAAUUUCCGUUUUAGAAACAAUAAAGAAUUUCGAAGUUAAUGCUCACAGGUUUCCGGAAAAUGCGGUAAAUAGUGUACGUGAGUCGUUAACGGAUUCUUUACAUAGAUUUUUAGUGAAUAAAAACCACGUAGAUUUGGUCGAUCGCUGCAUAUUAAAUAGAUACGCGGAAUGCAAAAAAUUUUUACGAGAAAACCACGAUGUCUUCGUCACGAAGGCUGACAAGGGUCAGGUCACUGUUAUUAUGGACAGGGAUGAAUACUUGACAAAAAUGACCGAUUUACUUAAAGACGAGUCCACGUACAAAAAAUUAAAGAAAGAUCCUAUUAGACAAAUCUCCUUGAAAUUAAAUGAACUUGUCAGAUCGUGGCGAGACAGUGGUAUUAUCGAGGACUCGGACUACAAGCGUUUAAAUUGCACCAACGGGAAUCUCCCACGUUGUUACGGGCUGCCAAAGAUCCAUAAAAAUGGUUUUCCGCUACGGAUUAUUGUUUCGGCUUUGGGAAGUCCCUUAUAUAACGUAGCGUCCUUUCUCCACAGUAUCUUGCAUCACUCUAUUCGCCCACCUAAGUCUCACAUCAAGGACAGUUGGUCCUUUGUAAGAGAAAUCAAGGACAUUGAGAUUAAUACUGACGAGGUACUCGUUUCCCUCGAUGUAACGGCUCUUUUCACCAACAUCCCGAAGGAGUUAGUUCUCAGAGGAAUAGAAAAACGUUGGCAGGAUAUCUCGGGUAACACGAAGCUUAAUUUGCCGCAAUUUUUGCAUGCUAUUGAGCUGGUACUGGGAUCUACGAGUUUCAGUUUUAAUGGUGACACAUAUGAACAGAUCUUUGGCAGCCCGAUGGGAUCUCCGCUUUCACCAAUAUUAGCGGAUAUUGUGAUGGAGGAUUUAGAGACUCACUGUCUUGCUAUGCUUAAUUUUUCUCUGUCGUUUUUCCGCCGUUAUGUCGACGAUGUUAUUGCCGUAAUUCCUAAGGAUAAAAUUGGGGAUGUCCUUGACGCGUUUAAUAACUAUCACCCCCGUUUAAAAUUUACUCACGAAUUGGAGGGUCUUAGUGAGGAUAUUCGCCGGACCGUAAACCGAUGUGGCCUCGAUGUCCUUUACACGAUUCCAAAAAAGAUGGAUUCAAUUAUAAAACGGGGUAAAGAUAAGCUCGAUAAUAUGAAAGAAACAGGAGUGGUCUACAAAAUCGAAUGCAACGACUGUAACGUUUCUUAUAUUGGACAAACCUUAAGACAUUUGGAAACUCGUGUGAAGGAACAUUUAGGUGACAUCAAAAAAGAG